AUGUCUCAGAGCGAGGGGGAGGUGCUGGCUCUACCGGCCCCAGAGAACAGGGAGGAGGAGACGGUGGGGUCGGACAAGGUUUUGGAUGGUCUGGGCCAAGAGGAGAGCCCAGACUCAACCCCAGCAGAGCAGCCUGACAGUGGGGACCAGUGGGACACAGACUUGGAGGCUGAUGAGCUGGAUAGGAGAGACAGGCUGGUCUCCCCUACAGAGCUCUACCUGGUGGCCUGUCGUCUGACGGCUGUGAUCCCCUGCUCCUACGUCCUCCGUCAGCUAGCCUCCACCACCUUGGACCUCAACGAGCAGAGCACCCUGGACCUCAACCAUCAUGGCCUGGGACCGCUGGGGGCUAAAGCCCUGGCCAUCACCCUCCUGAGCGACGUGCAGAUCAGUAACCUGGAGCUGAAGGACAACUACCUUCUGGCUGAGGGGACUGGCUACCUCAUGGAGAUGUUCAAGGAGAACUUUACUAUUCAGAGUCUAAACCUCUCCAACAACCACCUCCAGUCAGCAGGAUCUAAACACAUCUGUAAAAUGCUGUUAGACAAUGUCUCCGUCAAAUCAAUCAACCUAUCAGGAAAUGGGUUCGUCGACGCUGAUGCCAAAAGGUUGGCUGACGCUCUGGCAAACAACUACAGGCUGAAAGACCUGGACCUGAGUCACAACCAGUUCUGUGACACGGGAGGAGAACACCUGGGACAGAUGCUAGCCAAUAACGAGGGCCUGGAGAUGCUGGACCUGAGCUGGAACCAUUUGAGGAUGAGUGGAGCCGUGACACUGUGUGCUGGACUAAAGGUGAAUGUAACCCUGAAGCAGUUGGACCUGUCCUGGAACGGGUUUGGCAGUGCCGGGGCGCAGGCUCUGGGGGAGGCCCUACGUUACAACAACACACUGGUGCACCUGGACCUCAGCAACAACCGGGUGUCAGAUGAGGGCACCGCUCUGCUCUGUAACGGCCUGGCAGCUAACGACAGCCUCAGGAUCCUACGGCUGGCCCAUAACCCUUUAACCCAGCUGGGAGCUCUGACUCUACUCAACAGCGUCAGAAACAACCCCAAGUCAGCCCUGGAAGAGAUUGACAUCUCCACGGUGCUGGUAAACGAGGCAAUUGUGGAGCUGCUGGAGGCAGUGUGCCAGGACCAUUCAGGUCUGAAGGUUCAGUACCAGGGGGUUACGGGCUCUAUCACCAGGACCAAAAAACCCUGCAUCGCACUUAACAUCAUACAGGACUUCCUUGCAGAACGAAAUGAGGGCCUGAUAGAGUUGUUCCAGAGUUUGGAUAAAGAGGGAACCAUGGCUGUGAACAACAAGGAGUUCAGGAAGGCUGUGCAGGUCUGA